AAAAACGACAUAACUUUACACAUAAAAACCAAGAAAUGUCGAUGGUGGCAUACUUUCUUAUUUCCAUUCUAGCCAUCGCGACUCCGGCAACAUACGCGGUGCAACACAUCGUUGGUGACAGUAGUGGCUGGACCAAUUCCGGAGACUAUACCACAUGGGCCGCUAGUAAAACGUUUAACGUUGGUGACACACUCUUAUUCAACUAUGGUAGCAGCCAUGGCGUGGACAGUCUAUCGAAAGCUGAUUACGACAACUGUGCCACCGGCAAUGCCAUCAACUCCUACACGGGGGGCGCAACCACGAUUAAGUUGACAAAACCAGGCCCAAUGUUCUUUGCUUGUCCAUCAUUUGGCCACUGCAGUUUAGGGAUGAAACUGGCAAUCAAUGUGGUAUCUCAAACCACCACCACCCCUAGUAGCGACAACAACCAGUCACCACCUUCGUCUACCACCCCAUCUACGCCGGCAACGUCAAGUCCCGACGGUGAAGGUGGCUCCACCGGCGGCACCAGCAUGGUGGUGGUUGGGUUGUCUAUGAUUUUGGCACCAAUGAUUGUGUUCAUGUGCUAGGAAAGAGGCAGUGCUUGUAACUUAUGUUUUUAUAAAUUAUUACGAGUUGUGUGAUUUUAUAAAUUAAUUUUUUUGUGUGGGGAGUGAAAUGGAAAAAUAAGUAAGAAUGGAAAUAUAAUAUUUAUUACCAUCCACAAGAAAAUGUUAGUUUUCACACCAAAUAUGUUGACAAAUGGGGUACAACAGUUGAGGUGAACGUAUAUUAUUAAAGGGUCGUAAAGUUGU